AGAUGGAAGCCACAAUAUCUACACGUCACUGUAGUCUUCAAGUUUUCUCCCCUUUUUAAAGAUUGAUCUAUAUGAAUUCAUUCUGCGACCGAUCAGCAAGAGAAAUAAUUUAUAGCUGAGUAUUAGAGAAGAUGAGUUCUGUGGGUAACAAAGAGAAUGAAGUAUGUAUGGAUGCCUUACUGUUCUCCAGUUCACUGAUGCUCCCGUUGGUCCUCAAAGCAGCCGUGGAGCUUGAUUUAUUCACAAUCAUGGCUAAAGCAGGACCUGGGGCUUACGUUUCGGCUGCCGACAUAGCGUCUCAUUUACCUACCAACAGACCUUCCACACCUUCAAUGGUCGACAGCGUCUUGGGCUUGUUGGCCAGUCAUUCAAUGCUUGCUCACUCCUUGCGGAAGCUUGAAGAUGGCAGAGUCGAGAAACUUUACUCUCUCACACCUUCCUCACAACUCUUUGUUCGUACAAGCGACGACGAGCCCAGCUUAUCCGACGUAGUGGCUUUUGAAUAUCACCCAGCUGUGCUGCAGUGCCGGUUGCAUUUGAAGGAUGCAAUCCUUGAAGAAACUAAUGGUGAUUUUUUCAAGAAAAUUCAUGGAAUGACAAUCUUCGAGUACAUGAGCAAAGAUCCAACUUUCAACAGUGUUUUCAACAAGGCAAUGGCAGCUUUCUCUACAGUUACGAUGAAGGGGAUUCUUGAGGAAUACCAAGGAUUCAAAGGGCUUGGAUCAUUGGUUGACGUUGGUGGCGGAAAUGGCAAAUGCCUACAUAUGAUCACCUCCAAGUAUCCUCAUAUUAAGGGCAUUAAUUAUGAUCUGCUUUAUGUUAUUCAAUCAGCAACAUCUUAUCCUGGUAUUGAACAUGUUGGAGGAGAUAUGUUUUCCAGUGUACCAACAGCAGAUGCAAUUAUGUUAAUGAAUGUACUUCAUGAUUGGGACGAUGAAAAAUGCAUAAAAAUUCUGAAAAAUUGUCACAAGGCGCUGCCAAGGGAUGGGAAAGUGAUUAUUUUAACAUAUAUAUUGCCAGAAGAACCCGAACCAAGCAAGUCUUCUAUGUAUGCUUACAGAAAGGACAAUAUUAUGCGCAUGGAUACUCCAUCUGGGAGAGAAAGGACAGUAAAAGAGCUUCAGAAAUUGUGUGAACAAGCUGGAUUUUCUAACUUUCAAGUUGCAUGCUCUUUCCAAGGUAUACACUCUGUCAUAGAAGCUUAUAAAUAAGGGUUGAAUUGUGAUUAAUCACCUAUAGUAUUUCCUUUGUUAGAAAAAAAUAAAACAAUAAAAUUAUAUAAUCGGAAAUUUAAAUAAUGUUUUAUUGUAUGAUUAGAUAUUUAUAUUAUAACACAUUAGAUACUCAAUGUAAGUGUUGGUUGUAGCAUUGAUUUAAA